GAAAGUAUGUGUUACAAUAUAUAAAACUUAAAACCAACUUACGUUUUCAUCAUAUUAGGUUUGUUACCUUAACACACAGGUGUUGAAGAUGUCACGGAAAUGCGAGAAGCAUGGUAUGAUAUUGGAUCUGUUUUGCUUGGGACACAAUAUAGCAGUGUGUGCAAGAUGUUCUCAGAGUGACCAUUUUAAAUGUCCACAGUUUGUAUCUGUUGAAGAUGCGGCUAAAUAUGCUAAUCCUCUCAGCCAAAGAACCGCCCGAUCACAAGACGACUCAAGUGAGCAAAGAAGUCCCGCUAACAUUUUGAAGACUGUAAACCAAGAGAAAAACACAUUUACAAACUAUGUAAAAGCAGCUAUAGAAAGUGGCGAAAAAAACACUUUCACAAAGUUUCUGACCACAAAUGUAACAAGGAGUGAGAAUGAUCGUAUAGAAGAAUCAAUGAAAAAUUCUACUCCACUUGCAACAAGUCGUGAUGUUCAGGUCGACGAAAGCUUUGGAGAAAACAGUACAUUCCAAGAUCCAAGUGAUCCUGAUAACUUAGAGAGUUAUCGACCGUUGUCAGAGAACUUUCAUCAUGUAAGCGAUAACGCCAACGUCCAACCGAAAGAGACGACUUUAUCCAAAGCACAUGCAAAUUCAAAAACAACAAAGAGCGAAGUCGGACAACUAUUAGAAGAUGUAAAGAAAUUUUCAAAAGGAUUAUCCUCACGCGACGAUGUUGGUAUUACUUUAGACGAUUUGAUUUUGAAAAUUGAUAGAACACUCAAUGAGAUAGCAGAAAAUUUUGAAAACACAAGGAAUCAGAAGAAAACAAUCGAAUAUCAAAUAAAAGAAAUUCGUGCCAGACUCAAUACGCAUCUGGAUAACAUGGAAAAGAAGUUGUUGAAUUCACUAGAAUCAAAAUUCAGCCAUUGUGAAGCAAGCGUAGUUAACGUAGUGGAAAAGCUUCAGAAAGGUCGAAUCGAGAUUACCCACAUGAAAAGCGGAAACGCAGACAACCCGAACUCACCGUUUCAAGCAAACACUUUGCUUGCAAUCAGAGAAAGUGAUAAACAAAUGCGAAGAAUGAAAAGAUCCAUCCAUGCGCUCACGGAAAAUGUUUAUGCUAUAGAUAUUGACGUAAAGAUUAACCAAGACUUGAAUAUAUUUAUCAACGAAGUUCAAGCAUUUGGUGAAGUUACUGUAAAUAGCCGUUUAAACCCGAAGAUAUCUCAACCUACUUUAGAACAAAGGCGAAUUGAAGUCAUUCGUACAGAUUCCAAAAGAUCACAACCUGGUAGCCCAUCGAGAGCAAAUAGCAAAGCCAUCCAGCGAACCGAUUCCAAAAAAGUCAAGGGUGUUAGCAAACUAAAACGCUCCGGUUCUAAGCGGGAAACCAUUGAAACAACUAGAAGGCUUGAAACUGUUCAAAUUUUGCCGGAAAUAGAACUGGGACAGCAUUUGGCUGUGAUGGAUGAACCAUUACCGGAAAUUAUAACAACAAGUCGAUCGGGCAUUUCGGGUAUCAGAAUUAUGCAGAAGAAGAAAGUUAAAAUUGGACAUAAAUGGACAUCAAGCGUCUCAAACUGUAAAAUGCUUCCGAACGGUCGACUGAUUUUUAUAGAUACUGAAAACAAGAGGUUAGUCAUCCACAACAAAGACACAUAUGUAUAUCGAAAUCUCAGAGUUCACGAUUCUCCGCGUGAUUUCACUAUCCUUGACAACGAUAGGAUUGCUGUUACUUUUGGCAUAUACAUCGAAGUAUUGAAUAUUUUAACAAGCCGUAUAGAGAAGCGCAUCCAGUUAGAAUUUUUUGAAUGCAACGGAAUAUCAUUUAUGGAUGGGAAAUAUUACAUUUACGGAAUAUUUGACGGUUAUCUUCUUUCUCGACAUGGCAUUCAGAUCAUGGAUAUGCAUGGCCGAAUAGAGGAUCGGUUGCCUAUAACAAGAGUCCAAACGAUCCAUCAUUCAAUAACCACAUGGAGGGGCAGAAUUUAUUACACCGGAUAUAGUUCCGUUUCAUGCUGUAUGACAUCUGGCGAAGAACUUUGGGUAUUCAAACACGAGACCAUGGAUCGACCGAAAAGCGUCACAGUGGACAAUUUUGGAAAUGUUUUUGCGUCAUUUGAAAAUGAAAACAAAAUAGUUGUUAUUUCAGUCGACGGACUUUACAGCAAAGAGUUCGAACUGAGGAAGCAUGACCUGUAUUAUGGACAAGAACCUAGACCUAUCAGUGUUUAUUUUGACACAAUUGAAUCGGCGUUAAUAGUAUGCAAUGCAAAUAAAGACCAUUCCGUGAUGUACUUUGUAAAAUAUGAUUAGGCAAAUAAAGGUUAGAGAAAUACAUGUUAAAUUAAAAUAAAUCAUAUGAAAUACUGA